CGUGUUUCCUGCUCCCAUUCACAAUCCUGCUUUCCGACUGACGCAGAAAAUUCCGCGAGUACAGAUCAAUCUGUCGUUUCUCCUUCUUCUGCUUCUUCAUUCUUUUUUUUGCAAAACAGCAACAUUUUCUUGCGCUGUUUUUGGAGUGUCUCCCACGCCCCAGGGAAGAUCUGUGCUGUGCGAGUCCAUGUCUCAGUGCGGGAUCACGCCUGUUUACUGCGCUACUAAAUGACAUGACAUGAAUGUCAGUCGGUCAAGGUCCAGUCUCCAGCUGUGACUACACCAUCCGUGUUAUUAUUUUUCACUGCAGCUUUUUUCCCCCCGUUUCGAAACCGAUUGUUCCCUUUAUUAUUUUUUUGCAGGAUUUCAGGGCUUGGACUGGUGCACGGUUAUGCGCUUGGACACCUGGCACAUGGCAGCAAAUCUGCGUCGCUUGGAAAGGACUGUGUUCGAAUUCCGUGAAACCAUAACACUAUCUACUGAAGCUUCAGAGACAGGCAGGAAUACACACUUUAGAUCCUGAUCGACACUAAAGAGUAGCUGGUCGGAUUUCCCAAAGCCCCCUGAACAUGUGAAUCCACGAACAUUUCUGGAUUGCUGCGAAAAGCUUUCACAUUUCCUUUAAUCGUUUGUAUAUCGGCUUUGUUUCCUUCCCACGGACUGAUUCACAUCUCCGUCGCAAGCCGCAGUGAUUACUGAGAAACCCCAAGUGACCACCAGGAUCUCAUAGAAUCAUAAAAAGGAUCCACCAUGUCGGCGGUAAUGAUUUCGAAAAAGGUCACCCGAAAAUGGGAGAAGCUGCCAGGGAAGAACACUUUCUGCUGCGACGGCCGUGUGAUGAUGGCCAGACAGAAGGGAGUGUUCUACCUCACACUCUUCCUCAUCAUCGGGACCUGCUCGCUCUUCUUCGCAUUCGAAUGCCCAUACCUGGCUGUCCACCUUUCUGCAGCCAUCCCAGUCUUUGCCGUGGUUCUCUUCCUCUUUGUCAUGGCUAUGCUCCUGAGGACAAGCUUCAGUGACCCAGGCGUGCUCCCCCGUGCCCUGCCGGAGGAAGCCAACUUCAUUGAGAUGGAAAUUGAAGCAGCUAAUGGUAGCGUACCAGCUGGACAGCGCCCACCUCCCCGCAUCAAGAAUGUGCAGAUCAACAACCAGAUUGUUAAGCUGAAGUACUGCUAUACCUGCAAGAUCUUCCGUCCUCCUCGUGCUUCCCACUGUAGCAUCUGUGACAACUGUGUGGAUCGCUUUGACCAUCACUGCCCAUGGGUUGGAAACUGUGUGGGGAAGAGGAAUUACCGCUACUUCUACCUGUUUACACUCUCUCUCUCCCUCCUUACCAUCUACAUCUUUACUUUUGACAUUGUUCAUGUCGUACUACGAUCAGUGGAUUCUGGAUUUGUGAACACUCUUAAGGAAACCCCUGGGACUGUGGUGGAGGUGUUGGUGUGCUUCUUCACGCUGUGGUCUGUGGUAGGACUGACUGGCUUCCAUACGUACCUGAUCUCCCUCAACCAGACCACCAAUGAAGAUAUUAAAGGCUCGUGGUCAGGAAAGAACCGUAUCCAGAACCCAUACAGUCACAAGAACAUUAUCAAGAACUGCUGUGAGGUGCUCUGUGGCCCCACUUACCCAAGUGUUCUAGACAGAAGAGGGGUGAUGUCGGAAGAAUCUUCUAUCUCCACUUCUUCUGGUGCUUCUGAUGCCACUGCCACCACAAAUGCUCCUGUUCCACCUAACACAAAAACGACAGCACCUCUGAUUCCCAAUGAACACACUCCUGAUGAGGCCAAACCCAGCAUCGCUAUUGCCCAGAAAACCAGUGCCAGCAUGCCGAAAGAGGAGAAACCAUCCAGCCCAAGAGACUUGUCCCCUAAAACUGGCCCUGCCCCUAUUGUUGUCAAAGAAUCAGCCCACUAGAUCUCUGCUGCAAAUCUCUGAAUGGUGUUUCACUGAGGAAGAUGCAUUGUUUAAACAAUCCAAACAGCCACAGGCUCUGAGAGGGACUCUGAUUCUCAGAGCUGCAUCUGUUCCUCACUGUCGAUGUUUAGGUGAAGAUCAUAUAAACUCCGGCUGCCUCACUGUUCAAGGCCUCUGGUGGUAUCACAGCCCUCUCACACUCCCUUGGAACCGCUGCAUGGCAUAAACACACAAAAGACAAAACAACAAAUGGACUGUUUUGCUGAUCAUCUGCUUGCAAUGCUUUCCUUCAAGCAGCACUUCUUGAUGGCCAUUUUUCAUUAAUUAACAUUCCAUCUGAGCAGAUGCAUGACAUCUGUAGAACCUUGUUUAGAAUUUGGUGAAACAGGUCCUAUGCAACACAAACAUAUGGAUGAUUGUCUUUAAAGAGGCAUAAAGCAGCCACCUGUGUCCAAACUUCACAUGCAAACAGGUGGAUUUCUGUCCCACCAGCAGAGUGGGGCCAACUGGAUGCCAUUUUAAAACACCCAUAACAGUCAUUCGCAUUAUUUAAACUAGAUCAGUGACACCAACUCGAUAUGUUUUCUUAAAUAUUGUUCGCCAAAAUGUGGCGCUUUACAGAGAGCUCUUCAACAUGAACAGUGUGCAAAGUGUUUUAGAUCAGUCUGAGAUAAAGGACAGCCUAACACACGGAAUGUUAAAUGGACACCCUAACCUCUGUAUGUGAGGUUUGUGUAAGUAUCAGCACAUACAUGUUGGCCUGUUGUUGACAGACAUUAGUAACAGUGCCUUACCUGAAAGCUGCACUAUCUCAGACAACAUACGGCCAUUUGCAGAAAAACCCUUCAAGUUCCAUGUCCUUGGACAACCUAAAUAGUGUGCAAUGAGUAUUACAGUAAUGGCGUUUAAAGUAGAACACUAAUGAAAUGUUGACCUGCAAAAAAAAAUAUAAACAUCAACAAACCAAGCCAUGGUGUAAAUGUACAUAGUUUAAACAAAAAAUAUAAAAAAUACAAGAAGUGAUAAAAUGUCCAAGAGUGUACUUCAAGCAGAAUAAUUUCCUCGUCAUUCUCCUGGUGAUUUUCUUUUGUUCAAUUGCAACAAAUGAAAUGAGUGAAGUCAGUCCAGAACUGCCAUCAUCAACAUCAAUGCCAUCAUCCUCUUCCUUCACCUGUUGGGUGAGCAGUAUAUUUCCUUAGAAAAAAAAACAACAACUCAGAAUAGAUGGAAUUUAUUUCUCAUAAUCUUUCCACAUCUGUUGAUUUCAUGGUGAGAAACAGUAUAGCUGAUCAAGGAUUAGAAGAGAGUGUUUACAACGCCAGACUUAGGGAAGUGAAUUAAAGGGACAUAAUAUGCAAGAUAAUUUUGAAGGUCGACAUAUGUAACCCAUGCUAUUCUGUGACCUGUGCAAGUGUCUUUUCUUUUGACACAUUUUAUUUGUACGUAGGGUAGAAUAGGCACCUUUUGUGUAUGCUUAAGCUAAUGUCUAGUGGAAGAAUGUUGUUGGUGUACAAUGAACGAAUUCAAAUAACCUUUACUACAUUCACAGUAUCUCCAAAUCUGUGCAAUAUAUUUUGCUAGUUAGAUUUUUUUUUUUUUUUUUUCCCGUUUGUGGGGUUGUA